UCACGACGCACGACGCGGCGCAGUUCGUCACGACUUGAGGCUUCAGUCUUUAGUGACGCGACAUUUGGCUCGGAUAGAAUUUGGACCCGCAUGUACCGGCAGCUGCGGCGGACGGGCGCUUUAUUUGACACUACUUUUUGGGGGGGUUGGGUGGGGGCCGCAGUUCGUUUAGAUUAUAUUUUUAUUACCAGUUUUCAUCCCCUCCCACCCCCAAACCCCCCCCCCCCCCCCCCCCCCCCCCGACAUUUCACCGCGGAUUUUUUUUUUUUUGCGCCUGAAGUCUGUAAUUUAUAACACGAAGUGAGUGUUUGCGGAUUUUCUCUCCCGAGAGGACGCUUAUUUCGUCCCCCGCACCUGUGGACGCCUUUAAAAAAAAAAAAAGCGCACACCGAGGACGUCAUCUUCUGUUUCUCUUUCUUUUCUUCUUGUCUUUUUUCUUGUCGUCCCCCGGUCGUUUAGGCGCUCUCCUGCACAGCAAAGCGCGUCUGGCGGAUGCGCGUCUGUGUUUUGCGCCAGUCGGAGAGGUUCGGCGCGCUCCAGCUCCGCAUCCGCUUUUGAACAGCUGCGGGUCGUCGCCCGUGGAUGGGCUCGGUCGGCGUGCGUGUCUCCAGCAGCUACCUAACUACCGGCAACAAUGGCAUCACCGGGCUUCUGGUCCCUCGGCGCGGAUAACGCGGGGGCCACCGCCGGGAGCCAGAGCCCCAGCACGCCCAGGGCUUGGUGCCAAGCGGCGGCCCAGAAAUUAUCCGGAGGAAUCGGAUCGAAAUUAUGUGCGCUCCUGAGCGUCGGGGAGGGGGAGAAAGCCGCCGAAGCGGCCGCCAAGCUGCCGCCGGAGAGCGAGGCGGCGGUUCCCUGCGGCUGCAACAAACCCUGCAACUGCAGCAAAGCGGCCGCGGGCUUCUGCGACCUCUACUCAACAGACCUGCUGCCCGCCCUGGACGGCGACGCCAAAACGAUGACCUUCCUGCAGGAAGUCGUGGAUAUUUUGAUGGCCUACAUCGUGGAGUCGUUCGACCGGGAAACGAAAGUUAUUGAUUUCCAUUACCCGAACGAGUUGCUCCAGAUGAACAACUGGGAGCUGCAGGGCGAGCCGGCCUCGCUGGAUGACAUCUUGAUCAGCUGCCGCGCCACCCUCAAAUACGCCAUCAAGACAGCCCACCCCAGGUACUUCAACCAGCUCUCCACGGGACUAGACAUGGUCGGACUGGCGGCCGAUUGGCUGACGUCCACCGCCAACACCAACAUGUUCACCUAUGAGGUGGCGCCGGUGUUCGUGCUGCUGGAGUACGUCACCUUGAAGAAGAUGAGGGAGAUCGUGGGCUGGCCGGAGGGCCGAGGAGAUGGCAUUUUUUCUCCUGGUGGCGCUAUCUCCAACAUGUACGCCAUGCUGCUGGCCCGCUUCAAGAUGUUCCCCGAGGUGAAGGAGAAAGGAAUGUCAUCCGUCCCCCGGCUGGUGGCCUUCACAUCCGAACAUAGCCAUUUCUCCAUCAAAAAAGGGGCGGCGGCUCUCGGCAUCGGGACGGAGAGCGUGAUCUGCAUCAAGGUGGAUCAGAGCGGUAAAAUGAUCCCCGCCGACCUUGAGAGGAGAAUACUGGAGGCGAAACAGAAGGGGUUUUUUCUCUUCUUUGGGAGCCGCACGGGUGGGAACACCGGGGAGGGCGCCCUCGAACCUCUCUUCGCCAUAACCGAAGUCUGCAAAAAAUACAGCGUGUGGAUGCCCGUGGACGGCGCGUGGGGAGGAAGUCUCCUCAUGUCCCGGAGACACAAGUGGAAGCUGGAUGGAGUUGACAGGGCCAAUUCAGUGACGUGGAACCCGCACAAGAUGAUGUCCGUCCCUCUGCAGUGUUCGGCCCUGCUGGUCAGAGAGGAGGGUCUGAUGCAGAACUGCAACCAGAUGCACGCCUGCUACCUGUUCCAGCAGGACAAACACUACGACCUCUCCUACGACACCGGGGACAAGGCGCUGCAGUGCGGGCGCCACGUGGACAUCUUCAAGCUGUGGCUCAUGUGGAGGGCGAAGGGCACCAUCGGGUUCGAGGCUCAAAUAGACAAGUGCCUGGAGCUGUCCGAGUACCUCUACAACAAGAUCAAAGACAGAGAAGGAUACGAGAUGGUCUUCGACGGGAAACCGCAGCACACCAACGUCUGCUUCUGGUACCUCCCCCCCGGCAUCCGCUACAUGCAGGACAAAGAGGAGAGAAAGAAGCACUUGAGCAAGGUGGCGCCGGUGAUAAAGGCCAGGAUGAUGGAGUACGGCACCACCAUGGUCAGCUACCAACCGCAGGGGGACAAGGUCAACUUUUUCCGCAUGGUGAUCUCGAAUCCCGCGGCGACCUUCGAGGACAUCGACUUUCUUAUCGAGGAGAUCGAGCGGCUGGGCCAGGAUCUAUAAGACUCGUCUCGGCGAACCCUCCCCUGCUCUUCCCCUUGGCGGGUGAAUUGUUUGUGGUGAAUGUACUGGUAAACUAUUUAUUUUCUCUCUUUCCUCCAAAAGUCACAUAUUUAAGAGUAUAUUUGAGGGGGGAAAAAAAAGAUCUACGUAAUAUAAUGUAUUGUAGCUUUGCCGUGGACUGACUUGGUCCAAAGCUCUGUCCAAGUGCUUCUGUCUGCCUUUCCUAUCGCGUAGUAGAUCCCAGUAGGUGACGUGACUCGUACUUUUUUUGUGAUAUGAAACGCUUGUGCAAUAAGUCAACGAGGAGGUUUUUUUAUUUCUCAUUUGCAGAGUGUGUUGUUAAGUGCCAAACGUCGUCGUGUUCUAUUGUGACUUUUACACUUUAAACUUCUGGUUUGAGACUAAACAAAAAGAAAGCGCCUCCGCUGACCUCCGCUCAAUCGACUGCCUCCACAUCUGCACACGGUACUUCGGCGAUGCUGGACGCCGUUCUCCUGACCGGGCGAUGUGAAGCAGCAUGUACAAAAAGAAGGCCAAGUCGAUUCAGAGCAUUUGUGAAGGCGUGUCGCUCAUCGCAGCUACUUUCACACUGCAGCAACACUUUACACACGCGCUUCUCUCUGUAAUGAAGGUAGCAAAGGCUCAUUGGUCCGAAUGGUUGCUUCAUGUUUCGCUGUGCUGAGUGGGCUUUACGUGAUGUGAUGGUCAUCCAAAAAACGAGGAUAAUCAACGUUGACGAGGUGACGUGAAGUUGUAAUCCUUAAUGUUGUCCUUAAUUUGAAAUAGUUCUGCUCCGUAAAUGGCGCAGCCACUCUAAAUAUUUUACCAUUGCUUUGCAGCAGUUUGAACGCUUCAAAUUCUGACAACAUUAAGUAUCGUGUCUGAGUCUUUCAGCAAAUUACUGCUCAUUAUCCCACGGAUGACGUAAGCUUUCUAUCUAUUGCACUAAACCAGGAGGAGGAACCUCCCUCGGCAUUGCAACGGAGGUUUCUUCUUUAUUCAUUCACAAGCAAUAUUCAAGUAUGGGUCCAAUCUGUAUAACCUGCAAGAAAAAAAAAAAUCCAAUUCAAGCGUUCAAUAGUUAACGAUAAUCAAGUUUGCGACGAGCUCAACUAAAAACAUGCUGACUGUAGGCAGGUUAGUUGAUGCAAAGGGAACCCUGGUUUAAAAAAGCAGAGGUUCACAAGCAGUUUCAUUAGAACGAGUUAGAAAAGCACAAACACUCAGUGCACAAUCACUUUUGAUCAUAGAUUGUAAAUAGUAUUUCAAGAUGUCCUAAGUACAUAUCUUUGUGUAUACAUAAGUGUAUAUAAGACGUAUAACCAGAGACUAUUUGUGGGUUAAAGUAAUUCAUAUUUUCUCUAUCUCAAGAAAUAGAUUACCUGUAUUUUCAUCCUGUUUGUCCUGAAGGUUUUUUUCCUGUGUGUGUGUGUGUGUGUGCGUGCAUGCAUGCGCGCGUGUGUGUGUGUGUGUGUGUGUGUGUGUGUCAGUUACUCGACUUGGUUCAUGACUCUUCUAGCUGUUUCAAAGAAAAGGUGUUUCAGGGACCGGCUUUAAAGAAACCGACACAUUUCACCUCCCAACACUUGCGAGUCUUUUGCUGGGAGACUCUGGUGUUUGGAUCUUAGAUGAAUAUGCAAAAGCCGUUUUUGACUCUGAAGCCCCGUGUUUUUUCGUGCACAAGUGAAUACUUGCUGCCAUGUGCCAAUGUGUACCUUUAGUGUGUUUGUAACUGUGUUGCCUUAGUAUAAAUUUGCCAGUAUUGUCUAGUCCCCCCCCCUCCCCCUCCCCUCAAAGGGGCGGUUGUGCACUUUAGCGUAUACACAUGACCUAAUAACGUCUGAUGUCCGAUCGUUGUUCAUAAGUUGAUGUUUAAAAAAAACAACUAAAAUACUCAAAUGUAACUUGGUCUGAAUGUGACACGAGUCAAGGGUCCUUUUUUUAUUUUACCGUUUUUUGUAGACGUGCCAAAGGUUCUGCAGAAAUCAGCCGUCAUUUUAGAUGAAUUAAUCCCGAUCAGCAGAUAAACGAAUGGGCCUCAACGCGGUGACGCGGGCGACGCCGGCUUCGUCGACGCGGGAGCGUCAGCGCGGCGCCCUACCCCCCCCCCCCGACGUGUUCUUCUCUCGCUGCUGCUGCUAGACUCGCCUCCUCUGCACGUGCAUGCGAUGCCUUGCCUGUCCAGCUUGUUCGAUAUCUCCUAUCUAUUUCUAUACAUGUAAACACAUAUAUAUAUAUAUAUAUACACAGUCUGUGUAGCUCCUGUAAUUAGCUUUAGCGUCCCACGUGUAGCUUUAGCCUGUAGAUUAGUGCGCUGUCGCUAUCGCCUUUACGCGCGAUUCUCUGUUUUCUCGGGCUUCCUGUCAAAGUUUCUCCGUGCCGCAAGCAUGCUGACCUCGCCUAGCAUUGUGACCCUCUCCGCGCUCGAUCUGACUCUCUCUCUCUCUCCUCCGUCUGUAUCCUUCUGCUUGAAGACUGUCGCCGCUCUGAACGUAAAGUAUUAUAUACCCGUGUAUCUAUCUAUCUAUCUAUCUAUGUGUGUGAAGUCCCUCAGCAUGUCUCUCUGAAAGCUCUUCUCUGCGCCUGUAGCACCUUUUUCUCUUUCUCUUCCCGCUUCGCCCUCCUCUAGCAGUGACCUCGUGACCUCUCGCCGUCCCCCCUGACACUCCUCGGGCCGCUGCGCUGUCGCUCUGUUUCUUUUUGGCGUGUCUGAGGCGGCGCGUCGCCGUCCAUGUUUCGUUUUUUCGCCGAGAGGCCCUUGACUCGGGAUCGAUAAGAUGUAGAAUUGAUUGUCCAGAAACGCGUCCAACGCAAGUGUUUUUUAAGCCUCUUAACGGAAAAAUAAUGAAUAUAAACCCUGGUUUCUUGCUUGCGGGAAUAAAUUGUUUGUCGAACAGUUAAAAUCCCCGCCGCAGGUGACGUAUGAUUUGACGUCGUAUGUUGUGCAAACUGCUGCGCUAGCUUCUCUCCAACACUCACCUGUCCUGAACUGUACGUUACUAUUGGGAAAAAAGAAAUAAAUAUUGUCGAAAACAAAGA